AUGGGAGCAGCACUGGCGAGAUCGGCUCAGUGGACAGCUACUGGCCCUGGGACUGGCACACUCGAAAUCACCCCUUUGAAUGAAUCUCUUUUAAACCAAAUUAUCAAGUUCACAGAGGACUUGAGCACUAAGCAUCCUCAGGAAGCUGCGUUUGUCUUCAGAGAGCCCCUUGAGUGGACAACACAGUUGGACUGUUCAGUGUUUGGAGAGGGUUAUGAGAUCAAUGAAACAACUGUUCAGUCUGAAGCCAAAAGUAAAGAUGAGCAACCACUGCUUCUCCUCUCAGCAUCAACUCUCAGAGUUCGCAGUUUUGACCAGCUGUCCCACUUGCUACAAAUUGCUACUGAGAAAAAGUUAAAGGAAGCACAAGCAUGCCUUGAAGCUAACAGAGAUCCUAUAGUGAAAAUUCUUGGCCCUGAAUUUGGGACUGUUGAAGGAGAAGAUAUGUCCAUCUUGCAUUUAUUUGACAAAGUGAAAAAAGAUGAUGACCCUGAAACAGAGAUCAAAAUGAAAAUCAUUCUUCUUCUUCAUCAGCUGGAUUUGCAACUGCUUAAUAGUUCUUUGAAACAGAUUUCGCAAGAUAUAAGACUAAAUCCAGCUGCUGUAAAUAAUGAAGUGAAUCUUCUCAAGAAUUUCUCUGGGAAAGGAGAAGAUACAGUACUAGAGUCACUGGAAUAUACAUCAGAUUACGUGUUUGCUAAUGGAUGUCGAGCUCCUCCCUGGAGACAAGUGCAUGGAGAAAUUUGUUAUUUAGUCAUCAAACCCCAUGACACUGAUCCUUUGUGUAUCACUUGCAGCACAGCAGGAGUGUUUUUAAACGGUGGUCAGCUAAAGGGUAAAGAUAUUGACUAUGAAAGAAAAAGUGAUCUAUAUAAAGAUAUAGUCACAUUUUUAAGGAAGAGAUCACCUAAAUUUGUAGAAAAUGUGGCUAAACAGGAAUAUGUUUUUUUUAAAGAACCAGCACAUGAGAAGAAUUAUCAGUAUGUGGAAGUGGUUGAUGCUAAGGCUUCUGGCCAAUCCCAGAACCCUAAUGAUUUUACAGAGGAGAAUGGCAAGAAUAAAGGGCAUCAAAUGAAAACGAGCCAUAAAACAUCAGUCAGGUUUGAAGAUCUCAGUGAAAGCUCCUCAGAGACUGAGGAAGAUGAAGUGCAGCAUCUACGUCGUCAGGAAAGAAACACUGAUUUAUCACCAGAAUACUGGGGAAUUCAGAAACUUGCCAAAUAUGUAAAGGGAGGUAAUCCAACAGCAACUGUAAUUGCACUGUGUUCAAUGAGGGAUUUCAAUCUGGCUCAAGAAACAUGUCAGCUGGCCAUCAGAGACACUGGAUGUCUUGAAGUGUUAAUUAAUUUACUUGACACAGAAGAAGUUAAAUGUCAGGCUGGUUCUUUAAAAAUCCUGAAGGAAAUUAGUCAAAAUGUACUGAUCAGACAUGCAGUUAAAGAUCUUGGGGGCUUAGAGAUCAUGGUGAAACUACUGGACUCUCCAGAUAAAGACCUAAAAUGCCUGGCAGCUGAAACAAUUGCUAAUGUUGCUAGAUUUAAACAAGCACGAAAGACAGUAAGGCAACGUGGAGGAAUCAAGAGAUUGGUUGGGCUGUUGGAAUGUACUUCAGUGGGAUCACCAUACCAAGCCAAUGAUGCCGACGUAGCACGCUGUGGGGCUUUGGCACUCUGGAGCUGCAGCAAAAGCACCAAAAAUAAGGAAGCAAUCCGUAAAGCUGGUGGCAUUCCAUUGUUAGCUAGAUGGCUCAAAUGCUCAGAUGAAAACAUCUUGAUCCCAGUAGUAGGGACACUACAAGAAUGUGCCUCAGAGCCAAGUUACAGACUCGCAAUAAGGACAGAAGGAAUGAUUGAGAACCUGGUGAAAAAUCUGAGUAGUGAACAUGAGGAGCUUCAGAUGCAUUGUGCAAGUGCCAUAUUUAAGUGUGCAGAAGAUAAAGAAACACGUGACCUGGUUAGACAACAUGGAGGUCUACAGCCACUAUCUGUUCUGCUUGGUAACAGUGAAAACAAGAAACUUUUGGCAGCUGUGACAGGUGCAGUCUGGAAAUGUGCAAUCAGUAUAGAAAAUGUGUCAAGAUUUCGGGAAUAUAAAACUAUAGAAACUUUGGUAGAACUGCUGACUGAUCAGCCUGAAGAGGUCCUCAUAAAUGUCAUUGGAGCACUGGGAGAAUGUUGCCAAGAGGAAAUAAAUCGAACUACUAUCCGUAAAUGUGGUGGAAUACCACCUAUGGUGAAGUUGUUAACUGCAACUGAUCAGGCACUGCUUGUGAAUGCCAGCAAAGCAGUGGGAGCUUGUGCAAUAGAACCUGAAAAUAUGAUGAUAAUUGACAGCCUAGAUGGAGUUCGCUUGCUAUGGUCAUUGUUGAAAAAUCCUAACCCAGAUGUUCAAGCAAGUGCAGCUUGGGCUCUCUGUCCUUGCAUUGAAAAUGCUAAGGAUUCUGGGGAAAUGGUUCGAUCCUUUGUUGGUGGCUUGGAACUGAUAGUAAAGUUGCUAAAAUCAAAGAAUAAAGAAGUUUUAGCAAGUGUAUGUGCAGCCAUUACAAAUAUAGCUAAAGAUGAAGAAAACUUAGCAAUUAUAACAGAUCAUGGAGUUGUCCCUCUGUUGUCCAAACUGGCAAACACAAAGAGUAACAAAAUAAGAUGUCAUUUGGCUGAGGCCAUUUCCCACUGUUGCAUGUCAGGGAACAAUAGAGUUGCCUUUGGAGAGACCAAGGCUGUGGCUCCUUUAGUACGUUACUUGAAGUCAAGUGAUCCAUCAGUUCAUAGAGCUACAGCUCAGGCUUUAUAUCAACUUUCAGAGGAUCCCAGCAACUGUAUUACCAUGCAUGAACAUGGAGUGGUGAAGCUCCUACUGGCUAUGGUGGGCUCUACAGAUGAAGUUCUGCAGGAGGCAGCAGCUGGUUGCAUAGCAAAUAUUCGCAGAUUGGCUCUAGCAACAGAAAAAGCAAAGUAUGGCUGA